UCGCGAUACGCAUGCGCAGUGACGUGUGUGUACAUUCUUGAGCGAAAAAUGAUGGCGAUUAUCCAGACGCUUCAAGAGUCUGCGCUCGCCUAUGGAUGGAGGUGGCCGUAAAAACUGAAACUCUCGGGGAAAAGUUGUUUGCUCGGGAAGAUCGCGAUCCGUCUCCGCCUCUGGACGUUUUCAGACGUGGGAAAAAGCGACCGGACGAGGCUCGAGGCUGUAAUCUGGUGUGAUAUUGAAGUGUGGAACAGCCACGUAGCUCACAGAGAUCCAGCUCACACACACUGGCCUAGUACUUUUAAAACCCUCAUAGACACCUACACAUCAACCCGAAGAGGACUGAUCGAGGGAACGGAAGAUAAAAAGGGAAAACGACCGUUGGAGCAAGCAGUGCCUCUCCCAUAGUGUGAAUGAGGGAGUCAUGGCUGACCACACCUCCCCACUGGAGUCCGGCCAGUUACACAGCCCAGACAUCCCAAUACUCGCCUCCCCGCCGCCUCCUCAGCAUCCGCCCAACAUCGUCAACGGAGACGGAGCACAGCAGGUAAUCUUGGUACAAGUAAACCCAGGAGAGGCCUUCACGAUCCAGCGAGAUGAUGGUCAGUUUCAGUGUAUCACAGGUCCUGCUCAGGUUCCCAUGAUGUCCCCAAACGGUUCAGUGCCUCAAAUCUAUGUGCCUCCCGGAUAUGUUCAACAGAUCAUUGAGGAAAAUGGAGUUAGGCGGGUGUUGGUGUUACCUCAGCCGGAGUUUCAUCCGACUGGCCAUUCUCCGCUUCACCACCCACCGCCUCAUGCCCACCUGCAGGCCUUCAUCCCACACCCACACAUCAUGCACCCUAACCCUCACUUGUACUCAGGCAUGGCUGGAGGAACCGGAGACAUGAGCCCUCAGUACAUCUCCCAGUACCACCCAGCACACCCUACCAUCUACACAGAGCAGGAUGCUCACCCGGCGCACGGACGUCCGGCAUUUUCUUACCGGGAUGAUAGGACUAUCAAAACACACGAGCGCCUGCAGAAGAAACUGAAGGAGAGACAGGGGGUAGGCGGAGGCGUGACCCCCUCCAAAGACAGUCCCCCUCCCUCCCCGCAGAAGAGCCGCGAGACACCGCCCGAAGGAGAUCUCCAGAACGGAUUGGUGGGUAAAAGUGGGGAGGAGCAGGUGCAACACACAAGCCUGGGCAAAAGCCUGCCAGGGAGGGAGGAGGCGGAGCCUGCAGAACUGGAUGAAGCAGCGAAGGCUCUACAGGAAAGAUUAAACUCCAUCUGCAAGCCGGUGGUGACAGAUAUUCAGGCCAGAGGAGUCAGUCUCAGCUGGGUUGCACCAUCACUGACAGAAAGCGAAGAAGAACCCAAAGAGGCCGAGGAAAGCCCUGCUGAGCCGGUCUUAACAUAUGAAGUCUCAGUCUCUUACAACGGCAAAGACGGGAAGUACAAGGCCGCCUACAGCAGCGGUCUGGAACUAAGUGCAACCUUACAGGAGUUAAGACCAGCAACAGACUACCAUGUCAGGGUUCAGGCCAUGUGUAACCGUUUACAAGGCAUCCCUUCAGAGCCUGUGAGCUUCACAACACUGAGCUGUGAGCCGGACGUCCCCGGUCCACCACGCAAAGCUAGCGGCACCAAAAGCAGCCUCGUCCUGCAGUGGAAGGCCCCAUGUGACAACGGUUCCAAAAUCCAGAACUAUAUCCUACAGUGGGAUGAGGGGAAGGGCACGGAUGUGUUUGAACAGUGCUACUACGGCCCGCAGAAACAGUACAGACUCACCAAACUCUCGCCAGCUUCCAGAUAUUCCUUCCGCCUGGCAGCCAAAAACGACUUGGGGGUCAGUGAGUUCAGUGAGUUCGUCCACAUCAUGACGUCGUGUAGCGUGCCCGCUCCCCCCCUGAGCCCUGAGUUGGUUCAGCCUGGGGUGACGUGGCUCUGUCUGCGGUGGAAAAGACCCAUUGGCUCGCCCAAAGAGGAUGAUAUCAGUUAUGUGCUGGAGAUGGAGGAGGAGGGCUCAGGUUAUGGCUUUCAGCCCAGUUAUGAUGGUGAUGAACUCACACACACUGUGAGAAACCUGCACAGGAGCACCACGUUCAGAUUCAGGGUUUUUGCCUAUAAUACGGAGGGGAAGAGUAACCCCAGCCCUGUAUCUGAGUUCACCACAGCCCCAGACAGACCCAGCUGCCCCUGCAGGCUCUCAGUAAGGGGAAAACCUCACCCGACCAGCUUCCGUCUGACCUGGGAUCCUCCUAAAGAUAACGGUGGUUCAGAUGUGACGAAGUAUGUGGUGGAGAUGUCUGUUGAUUUAAGUGGUUGCACAUGGAAUCGAGUGUAUAGCGGUUUAGGAACGGAGUGUGCUUGUGAUGGUCUGAGUCCAGGAGGCUCAUACCAGGCCAGAGUACAUUGCAUCAGCGCCGGAGGCGAGAGUCCGUUGACGGAAGCCCUGCAGAUCCAAACCCCACCAGUUCCACCAGGCCCCUGUCAGCUGCCCAGGGCGGUGGGCAAACCCAAAGCGAGAGAAGUGCAGUUACGCUGGACACCCCCUCUGGUGGAUGGUGGUAGCCCGGUGUCUUCGUACAGCGUAGAAAUGUUUGCUCCUCAGGCUGAUGAGGGCAAAGAGGUGUACCAGGGCUCUGAACUGGACUGUACGGUGGGGAGUUUACUGCCCGGCAGGACCUACGGAUUCCGACUUCGAGCCGGCAACAGAGCUGGGUUCGGGCCGUUCUCCGAGCGAACGGAGGUAACGACAGGUCCCGGUGCCCCUGAGGCGUGUCGGCCCCCUCACAUCAACUGUAAAUCAGCGACGUGUGCUGUGGUCACCUGGGAGGUUCCUCCCUGUAACGGAGCAGCCGUGUCAGAGUAUCGUCUGGAGUGGGGGGCGGCGGAAGGCAGCAUGCAGAACUAUUACACCGGUGCUGCGCUGUCUCAUGAGCUGAGAGGUCUACACCCCGCAUCCAGUUAUUUCUGCCGGGUGCAGGCUGUAAAUGUAACCGGCGUGGGCCCCUUUAGUGAUGCCGUCCUCUGUCAGACGCCCUGCUCAGUGCCGGCGGCGGUCAGCAGCGUCCACGCCCUCCGGGAGUCAGAGAUGAGAAUGGAGGGAGGAGUCACGGAGAGAGGAGAGGAAGAGGAUGAAGAUGAGGAAGAUGAAAGCGAAGAGGCCCCGCCGCUCCUCUACUCUCCAUCCACCUGCCUGGGGCUGCGCUGGGAGCCUCCGUGCAAUCACGGAGCUGAGAUCACCUCGUACCUGAUCGACUUGGGAGAGAAACAACCAGUCCUCACUGGCCCUGUAACCAAAUAUAUCAUCCAGAACCUGCAGCCCGACACCACGUACAGGAUAAGAAUCCAGGCUCUGAACAGCCUAGGCGCAGGUCCCUUUAGCCACACCUUUAAACUGAAGACCAAGCCACUGCCACCUCUUCCUCCACGGCUGGAGUGCACCGCCUCCAGUCACCAGACCCUCAGGCUCAAGUGGGGCGACGGCCCGGCCAAGGCCCAGCCCACCGAUUCCUUACAGUACCAUCUCCAAAUGGAGGAUAGAAAUGGGAGGUUUAUAUUCUUGUAUAAAGGACCCUGCCAUACUCACAAAGUGCAGAGGCUGAAUGAGUCUACCUCGUACACUUUCCGCAUCCAGGCCUUUAAUGAGGCGGGCGAGGGUCCCUUCUCAACUGUUUACACCUUCACAACCCCCCGCUCACCGCCUGCGCCCCUCAAAGCUCCUCGUGUGGAGCGUGCGGACGAGUCGUGUGAAGUCAGCUGGGAAACACUGCCACCUAUGAAGGGAGACCCCAUCAUCUACUGUUUGCAGUGCAUGCAGGGAAAUUCUGACUUCAAACAGAUCUACAAGGGCUCGGCCACCUCCUUCCAUUUCUCCAACAUGAGUUCGUCGGUGGAGUACCGCUUCCGCGUCUGCGCCAUCCGCCAGUGCCAGGACGCUCCUGAAAUCAUGGGCGCCUACAGCUCCACGGUCAUCCUGCUCCCGCCUCGCGUCGAACCCCCAGCGACCUCCUCUGGCGCUGGGUCCAAAUCCUCAGAGGCCCAGAAGCCAAAACGCAGCCUGACGGACGAACAGUUCUCUUUCCUCAUCAUCGCCCUGUUGGCUGUGACCUCCAUACUCAUCGCGGUCGCCAUCCAGUACUUUGUCAUCGAAUGAGCCGCGGUGCUCUGAGACCACGCCGUCCGAGCCAGUUUUUCUUUUCUGUGGAUUUUUCUUUUCUUUUGGUUCGUUUUUGUGUUCCGGCAUCAGCGUCGAGGAGCCGCCUGAAGGGAAAGAAUGAGAAAAGGAAAUUGUGUAGAAUUUCGUUCUAUCGUUCUGUUUCUCUCUCCGCCGUCCCUUUUUUCUCUCCGCGCAUGAUGUAGAAAUGAACGGCGCUCCCUCUCGUCACGCUUGGUUAAUUGAAGGAUCAGCAGCGAAGCGUAAGGCUCGCGGCGUUUGUUGUGUAGUCGUAGCCUUUAUUUAUACAUGUAGUGCAAGUUGCGAUUAUUAUCGGUCAGUUACAUAGGUUACGUCCCGGGCCUGGGACUGAGGGCCAGGGACUACACUAUCAGAAAGGGGAUAUCUCUCUCGGAAGCACAUGGGAGUAGACCCUGUCGGGGUCUCGAGGGACCGAGCAUUCCCUGGGAGAUGAAGCGAGAAAGGUCGUUAGCAUUUAAAGUUGAUUUAGCACUUUCCUCAGAACUCUUUGAUGUUCAGAAUGUGUAAAGGAUGCAAAAAUAACUAAAGAAUUGUUAGUAUAUUUUUGUACAGUGUGAUACGAGGACCUGUUGGCUUAGCAUGGGAGACUAUGAAAACCAAACUAACAGCUUAAUAGAUCUUUUUACUAUCACGUACGUAUACUGUAGCUUGUUUUACGAUCAAGCGACUGCUUUGCUCGGAAAUAUCGUCGUUCGGCACAAACAUUGUACGCUUCUCGGAAACCUUUCCUUCAGUUUGCACCUUAGUGAGAAGAGAAAAAAAAUUUUCUUGGAUGCGUCUUGAUCUUGUGAUGCGUUUGUAUGGAUCAUGUUUUCCAGUUGUGCAAGCCCUCAAUGUGUUUUGGCUGUUUUUAAAAUCAAUUUGUUCGUGAAAUGGUUGAUUCAAAAAAUGUUGAUGUAGUCAUGUAGUAUUUUCUUAAUUUCUCUGAUGUUUUUUCACUUUCGUGUUAUAUCAUUUACUUUUAACAUUUUUUUUUUUUAUGUAAUCAUGAGAGUAUUAAAUAUAGGACUAAAUAUUCAUUUCUAGAUAUCCUUGAUUUCUCCUUUAAAUCACAUGUUUGAGCUUUAUUUUUUAUACGAAAACCUUUAUGUUGAAUUGUGUCCGGCAGAGAAAUUAAGAAAAGCGCAAGAGACUAAAUGCGAACAGCAGUAAUGAAUUGAGUUGAUUCUACAUGUACUUCCUGUGAAUUUAAAUUUUUUGCCUUUUUCUCUGUGUGUUGAGUCUCGUGACCGAUUGCCGAUGCUGUGUGACGGCAGCGUGACAAUACGGUCGUUUGGUUUUGUGUCGUGCUUGGUUUUGAGCAUACGAGUGGUGUCGCAAAUGUUAACAGCUACAGGUACCUUGCAAAUGUCUUGAAUGGAAAUGAAUUACAUGAUUUGGUCUAAUAGAUAUUCUGCAGAUGUCUUCUGUUUAUCAUUGAAGGAAAAAAUCUCAAAUUCCUAUUUUUGAUAGUGAAAAAAUGUAAUUGCAAAGUGUGCCAUUUUAACAUCUCCCUACCAUGGUAUGCCUCUACGAUUGGUUAUUGGGAGAAAUCUACAAAAAAUCAAUAAAAUAUGCACAAAAAAUGA